GAUUAUCGAAAUGGUAAAAGACAAGAUACCUAUCAAGCCUUUGUUGAUGAAUUCAAUGAAAGCAAUUACCAGGGUCAUAUUCCUGUAUUAAUUGCUGAUCAAGAUAUGCAUCGAUUAACAGUAGCUAUUGCUCGAAUGGGUUUCAAUGUUUCUGAAUUGAAUCCUGCUGAUUCACAUGGUGUAUUUGGUGAAUAUUGGCAAAAUCGAGGACCAGCUGUAGAAGAAAAACUAGCUUUAACUACAGUGGGUCUACUUGUACAACAUCAUCUGAUUAAUCCAUAUGUACUUGAUCCAAACCAUUACUAUCUUAUUUAA